CCGAUUUCGAGAUUUGACGUUGUGGUGGUUGCGUGAGGGCACUGUUCAUUACCGGGUUUUCAUUACGAUCGUUGAAACUGGUUUGUGUGGGCUUACAUUCGCAGUCAUAACUGUUGGCUGCCGGUACGGGCAAGCCUGUUCACAGCUGUCUGUAUGGUGGUGGCGCCAGUUGUUCUCAACUGCAAAGCCAGUGCAGGUGAUGGCUGCUGCGACGCCGGAGCCGCGCCGGCGCUCCUCCUACCUGGCCGCCUUCAGUACGGUGCGCUCGCGCCGCCUGGCACCGGCGCGCACCCACAUGACGGCGGCGUCGCGCAACCAGCUGGAUCAGCUGGCGGCGCACACCUGGCGCGUCAUGUUCGUGGGGCCUCUCUGGGGCGUGCGGAUGACGAACAAGCGCGAGCUGACGACCGUGCUGCGUCGGCUGGAGCGGUUGGUCCGGCUGGAGCUCGAUCAGACCACUGAGUACAAAGGCAUGACGGUGGAGGCGGCGGUGGUGGACGCGCUGCUGGACGGACACUCGUCUGUGCCGUGCCUCCGCCUGACUGUGCGUGCGCCGGAGCGCCCCGCGUCGCUGGCGGAGCUCCUCCUCUGCAAUGACGAGGCCGUCGGCCGCUCGCUGCCCGCCAGCUGCGAGGGCCAGUGCGUCUGGCUGCCGCUGGCGUUCUGCCGCGGCGCCGCCGCCGUCCUGGACGCCCGAGCUCCUGGCGCUCUGCGCUAG